AUGGAUAAUAAUAUGGAUACUAUAGAUUUAAUAGAUGAAGUAAAUAAUUUCAUCACUUAUAUCCAAAGUCAUUUGGUUUUUCAAAGAAUUUUUCGUCUUAAUAUAAACUUAUAUACACAAAUUUUACAAAGAACAAAUAAUCGAAAAUUUAUUACCGCUUACAGUUUAUUCAAGAAGCGAAUCAUCGAAGAAGGCUAUCUUAUAAAUGUGACUGAUGGGGAAAUUAUUAACCUAUCCGCAAAUAAAAUAUGGAGAAGCUUAACUCCUGUCGAAAAAAGUGUAUUUCAUACUUAUGCGACUCAAAUUCGGUCUAUCCUCGAUAUCAGAAAUUGA